AUGGCUACUACGACGACGAAUGCGAACGCGCUACUGGUCGCCAUCACCCUGGCUCUGCUAACGUGCUCGCCUCGGUGCAUUCACUCGGCCGAGCGGCGGCUCCUGGUCGGCAUGACUCUGGUCCGGAACGCUCCGGCUCUCGGAGCUUUUUGCUUGGAUGGGAGUUUGCCUGGGUAUCACCUGCACAGAGGAUUCGGGGCCGGAGCAAGAAACUGGCUUUUACAGUUCGAGGGUGGUGGGUGGUGCAAUGACAUAGAAUCAUGCUUGGAGAGAGCCAAAAGCCGUAGAGGAUCAACACGCUACAUGACCAAGUGGGAGGUCUUCUCUGGAAUUCUAAGCAAUAAUGCAUCUCUAAAUCCAGAUUUUUACAACUGGAACCGUGUGAAGCUUAGAUAUUGCGAUGGAGCUUCAUUUGCUGGAGAUGCCGUAUUUAAGAAUGGGACAUCGUUGCUCUAUUUCAGAGGGCAAAAGAUUUGGGAAGCUAUCAUUCUUGAUCUUCUGCCAAAAGGUUUAGGACAAGCAAGAAAGGCUCUGUUAUCAGGAUGUUCUGCUGGGGGUUUAGCAUCCUUUUUGCAUUGUAACAACUUCACUAAAUAUUUACCAAGCGAUGCCAGUGUGAAAUGCUUGAGUGACGCUGGAUUCUUUCUUGAUGAAAGAGAUAUAACUUCGAAUCACACCAUGAGGUAUUUCGUUAAAGAUCUUGUUUCUCUACAGGGGGUAGAGAAGAAUCUGGAUGAGAACUGCACCGCCAGCUCCCUUGAUUUUCCCGAGUUGUGUUUCUUCCCACAGUACGCACUGAAGUUCAUUACAACACCAUUUUUCAUAUUGAACUCAGCUUAUGAUGUUUAUCAGUUCCAUCAUAUAUUGGUGCCAUCUUCAGCUGAUCCACACGGCCACUGGAACCGUUGCAAACUGAAUCCGGCGGCGUGCAAUCCUGAACAGUUAAAUACAUUGCAAGAAUUCAGGCGUGACAUGAUUGUUGCUAUGGGAUUGUUCUACAAAUAUUCGAGAAGAGGUGGCUUGUUCAUAAAUUCAUGCUUUGCUCACUGCCAAAGUGAGUCUCAAGACACAUGGUUUUCUGCAGAUUCUCCAAGAGUUCACAGUAAGACCAUUGCAGAAGCAGUAGGUGAUUGGUACUUCAGCAGAAGGAUAACAAAGGAAAUUGACUGCCCAUAUCCUUGCGACACUACCUGCCAUAACCUUAUACCAUGA